AUGCAAAAUAACAAGGAUUUCAUCAAAUUGAACAACACCAAUAAGACAGAACAUGCGACCACCACUGGGGAAAUAAAGGGAGGGAAAAAGAAUCCCCCGAUGCCAUCUUCCUGUUCUUUUGGCUUUACUCCCACGAAGGAGUUACAAAAAAGUAUGGGAAAUAAGGCGAAGAAAAAAAAAAAAAAAAAAAAAAAAAUUUUGGAGAGUGAAGGUAAGAACGAUGCGAACAAUGGAGAUGGUUAUGGGAACCAUCUAAGUGGUAACAAUCUAGAUAGAACUGGUGAUGACCCUAUUAUGGGUUCUGAAAAGGGAGAUGAGACAAUUGAGCAGACUGAUUCGCCCAAUGACGUAGUGCAAGUAAAGUCACUACGAAAGGAAACCAUUUUAAAUUACAAGGAAAGAGAAGAACUACCGCAGAAGAAUGAGACCCUACUGCGAGGUAGCAACAGUGGAGAGAAACUCCACAUGAUACAUGGGCAAAAUAACCACAUGAUGAGCAGGUCCCUUGACGGGAGAACUAGCCUACGCAGUAAAGCACGCAGUGAUAUUAACGGAUCAAACAGACGAGACAACAACGAACGUGAUGAGGCCAUCGUGCCGCACUGCACAACAAAGGAAAUCAUAGUGGAGGGAGAUGUGAGAAUAGUGAAAAGUGAUAUGCGUGCAGGUCGGGUAAGAAAUGAGUUGAGCACACUAGAAGGGGGCGAAUUGAAUCAGCCCGAACUGUGCCCACUGGACUCACCCCAGGCAAACGAACCGUCGGAGCGCUCAAGCAGCAAAUCGGAAAAAUCGAACAAGACGAAUAAGACGAACAAGACGAAUAAGACGAACAAGACGAACAAGACGAACAAGACGAACAAGACGAACAAGACGAACAAGACGAACAAGACGAACAAGACGAACAAGACGAACAAGACGAACAAGACGAACAAAUUGAAAAAAGUCGAAUUGAUGAAAGAACCACCUCCCCAGUAUGAAAAGUAUAAACGGAAAAAGAGAAAAAAAAAAAAUAAUAAAAUAAGGUCCAAGUUAUUUAGAAAAAGUGUCCUGUACUCCAAUUACCCCGGCCCGGAUAUUCUCACCGCGCUGAAUCAGGCAAAGUUGAAUUUAAGUUUUUAUCAGCGGGAGGUCGACGAUUUUUUGAGUGUCAUUAGGAAUUUGCAGGAUAUUGUCCUCAUUGAGCGAGAAAAGUACAGCGAGUUGAAGGAGAUGCUCAAGUACACGACGGAGGAAAUCGAAAAGGAAAAUGCAAGACUCUAUCAGGAAAUUUAUUCAUAUAAAAAAAAAUACAACAAGCUCAGGAGGGUCAUAUCGAAUAUCGGUUAUGGUAUUUUCUUUAAUCUACAUAGUAGGGAAAUGUCUACAUGUACCGGUGGAGAUAAUAUGGAUUUGGAGGAAGGUUAUGAUGAGGAAGGUCGUGAAGAAUACAGUGCACAGGUGAACGAAUACGACUAUGUCAUGGUGAAUGAAACGGCGUGCUCGGCGAACGGUGGGAGCGCUAAAGGUAAAUGCGCCAGGAGGGGGAGGAGCGGCAACACCUCCUCACUCUUGAAAUACCUCGAUUUUUGA